UAAAGGUGGCUCGAGUGAUUAAAAACUCGAGUCUCCUUUUCAAAAAACAAAAAUAAAAAUUAACGAACAAAAAGAAAUAAAUUUUUAUUAUGAAUGGUGUAAAUAGAAUUAAAUCGAGAAAAUAUUCACGAAGCCGAAUGUCACGGGAUAUUAUUUUUCCCAUAAAAUUAAAGCAAUACAAGAAAAAACAAUCUAAUAAGACGAAAAAAUGCAUUUGCCUUCCAUCAAAUUAUGUACACGUUGAAUUUCCUCCUGUUUGGUCCGAACUAAGGGCGAAUAGACAACUUUGCGAUGGAGUGAUACAAUGCGGUGGGAAUAAAUUUUUUCACGUCCACCGGGCAAUUUUAUCGGCAGUGAGUCCAUAUUUCAAGGCAUUAUUUACAAAUAGUUUGAAAAAUGGAAAAGCCGAUAUUAAUGAGGUGAAAAUUGACAUUAUUCCGGCAUUUAUUUUCGAAUUGAUUCUCGAUUUCGUCUACACUGGUAGCUGUAAAAUUACAUCGAACAAUGUCGAACAACUUUUAUCAUUCGCCGAUCAAUUCGAAGUACUUGGCAUCGUUCAAUUAUGCUGUCAAUUUUUAUUCGAUCAACUGACACCUGAAAAUUGUCUAGGAAUUUUUAAAUUUGCCCGUCACUAUUUUUGUCGUAACUUGGAGGAGAAGGGACGUAAAUUUAUACGCUGUAAUUUCAAGCAAAUCGUGAAGGAAAGUCAAGAAUUGAAAGACAUUGCAGUCGAUGAAUUGGAAUUAAUUCUCCAGGACGAUGAAUUAAAUGUACGUUACGAGGAAUUAAUAUUCGAGGCAAUAAAAUUGUGGAUCGAGACAAAAAUUGAUGAGAGAAAAAAAUACGUACCACGUCUACUCAAUUGUGUUCGUUUUGGUUUUAUGAAUUCAAAAUUCUUCAAUGACGAAGUACUUUGUUGGAAAAUUUUUCACAAUGACAAGGAAUACAAACGUAUUUUACAUCCAAUGAGCACCUAUCUCACUGGACAAAAUUCGAGGAUAAAUGGAGAAUCAAAUUUGAAAAAUCCAUUCCUAAGACCUAGAAUACCUCAUGAAAUUUUAUUCGCCAUCGGAGGAUGGAGUGCUGGUUCUCCAACGAGUUUUAUCGAAACUUAUGAUACGAGAGCCGACAAAUGGUUCCUGUCGGUGAACACAGACGUAAUACCAAAAGCUUAUCAUGGAAUUUGCACGCUUAAUAAUUUAAUUUACGUUAUUGGUGGAUUCGAUGGUAACAAUCAUUUUAACACUGUUCGUUGUUUUAAUCCAGUGACGAAAAAAUGGAAGGAGAGAGCCUGUAUGUAUCAUGCGAGAUGUUACGUCAGUGUUUGUACACAUGAUAGAAAGAUUUACGCCCUGGGUGGAUAUAAUGGUCGGAUUAGAAUGAAUUCAGCUGAACGUUACGAUCCAGAGAGGAAUCAGUGGGAAAUAAUUCCGUCGAUGCAUCGUCAACGUUCUGAUGCAAGUGCAGCGGCGCUUGGGAAAAAAAUUUACAUUGUCGGCGGUUUUAAUGGUCACGAGGUUCUUCAAUCGGCUGAAGUUUUUGACACUGAGACGAAUCAAUGGAGUUAUAUUUGUUCAAUGAAUAUUCCAAGAUCCGGCGUGUCUUUAGUGGCAUUUCGCGACAAUUUAUAUGCUCUUGGCGGUUUUAAUGGAUAUUCACGGCUCAGUUCCGGCGAACGUUUUACUCCGUACAAUAAUCAAGGAUGGCAGGAAAUUUCCGAAAUGUUCUGUCCACGAAGUAAUUUUGCGAUUGUUAUUUUGGACGAAAUGAUUUACGUUAUUGGCGGAUUUAAUGGUUCAACGACAAUUGCUUUUGUCGAAUGUUAUGAUGUUGAUGUUAAUGAAUGGUACGAAGCAUCAGCUAUGAAUUUGAAUAGAAGUGCAUUGGGUGCUUGUGUUGUUGCCGGUUUGAAAAAUGCUCGCGAAUAUUCAUAUUUGAGUAAAGCACUUAACCAUAAUCAAGGAAAAAAAUCGAAGAAUCAAGACAGGCCGAAUCAAAGUGGCGAGGGAUCAUCAAUGGCAUUGAGUACACGAAAUAUUGGAGAACAACAUCGUCAAUUGGGUCCAAUUGACGGAAUGGCGGAAGGUAUAAAUCAUCCUCUUCCCAAUGGAGACAUGAACAGUGAAAAUCUACCAAGAGAACAAUAAUUAAAUUUUAAUUCUCUCCAAAAAGGGGAAAAAGAAAAAAAUUUUUUUCAAGUUUUUUCAAAUUUUUACAUCAAAUUUUCAAUUUU